UUAACCACUAGCCUACAGGGCACUUAUACCCCCUUCCUGCCCAGGCCAAUUUCCAGCUUUCACCACUAUCGCACUUUGAGUGACAAUUGCGCGGUCAUGCAACACUGUACCCAUAUUAAAUGUUUAUCAUUUUUUUUACAGAUAGAGCUUUCUUUUGGUAGUAUUUAAUCACCUCUGGGUUUUUUAUUUUUUGCUAAACAAACCAAAAACAACUAAAAAAUUUGAAAUAAAAAAAAAAAACUCUUAAGUUUUUGUUAUAAAAGUUUGUAAAUAA